AUGAACCCAACUGUAUCAUCAAGUCAUGUUGUCACUCCAAAUAAUGCCAUUCAAAGGGAAGUAAUGGUUGAUGGGGAUUCCAAUGUUACUGCUUUAUUUGAAGAGUUUGGAAAGGCUGGUUAUUCUUAUGAUCUUUUACAUGACUCUCAAGGCCGUAUAACCAAUUUGUUUCUUGCACACCCGAUAUCUGUUAAAUUGGCCCGAGCCUUCCCCUAUACGUUUGUGAUGGAUUCCACCUACAAAACAAAUAUAUACAACAUGCCUCUUCUUGAUGUCAUUGGAAUUUCAUGCUUUAAUACCUUUUUUUAUGCCGGGUUUGGUUUUUUGGAACGAGAUGAUGAAAAAAAUUACACGUGGGCAUUAAACGCGUUUAAGAAGAUUGCUGGACACGGGGAUCGUCCAGUUGUUAUUGUGACAACUUGGGAAUUAGCAUUGAUGAAUGCCAUCAAGAAUGUAUAUCCAACCACCACGAAUCUUUUGUGUGUUCGCAAUGUUGGAAAAAAUGUGUCGGAAAAUUGCAAAAAGUAUUUUGGAUGUGCUAAACAGUUUGGUAAGUUUAAGUUAAGUUGGAAGAAUGUAGUGAAUUCAACAACUGAAGCUCAAUUUGUUAGAAAUUGGGAAGAACUCUUGUCAUUUUGUAGUGAUAAGAAGGAAGCAAUUGAGUACAUAAACAACACAUGGUUACCUUGGAAACAAAAUUUUGUUUGUGCUUGGACCGAUAAAAGCUUACAUUUUGGUAUCAGUUCAUCAUCUGCAAGAGCUAAAGGUGCUUAUGCCCAUGCCAAACUAAAAGAAUAUUUGCAGAUUUCCACAGGCGGUGGUUUUCAAGAAGUAAAAGAUUAUUUGCAUGGUACAAUGAUACUUAUAUUCACCGAGAUCAAAGCCAAACUUGGAAGUCAAAGCAUAAGUGUUCUUAGUAUUUGCAGAAUGUCUCUUUUUAAACAGCUUUUGUAUCGUGUAUCUCAUUUUGCUUUGAAAGAGAUAUAUGAGCAAUAUAAAAAGUCUGAAGAAGGUACAAUGGCUCCUUGCACCGGUCAUUUUAUGGCAACUAUGGGUCUUCCUUGUUCCCACAAAAUAAAAGAGUGGCAUGGAAGGGCACUUCCGGUGGAGCUUAUUCAUCCAAAUUGGAGGAUUGAUUCAGCAAGUCUAAGUCUAAAAACAGAUAGUGAUACACCCAAUGAUGUCAAUGCCAAAUUCGAUAAGUUGCUCAAUGAGUUGCAGCCAAAGUUCCAACUGUGGUCUCUCAACAAGAAAGAGUUUGCUACUAUGGUGAUUACUAAGCUUAUCAACCAAUCUGAUCUACUUUGUGAGCAGGUUAUCCAACGACCACAAGGAAGUCUGCCAAAAUCAAAUAAGAAAAGAGCAAUAUCUCCCACAAGAAGAGAUCCAUCAAGGUUUGAGCAUGUGGAAUCAUCACAAACACACUACUCGUCAACAUCUACUUGUGUCGGGAGGAACAGUGGGGGAACAGUUGAUGAAUAUGAUUAUAUCUUUCAUGACAACAAUUCACUUGAUUUAAAUCUAUACCCGGAUUUUUCAAGUGAUUAUAUGUUGUUUGAGUAA